AUGGCAGAUUCCUUAAACCCGGCUGGGUCGACAUCACACAUGUCUUCUUCGGCCCUCAUGCCAGCACGUCAUGAUGCCGAAGCCCGCCCACGCAACCGGCGACUCAUCAGCACUGUAGAGGAAUCCUCCACGGCCGGAGGGCCCUUGGACAGGCUUUCGGCCUCCUUCUCUGCCUUACGUUCACCAAGCCGCGAGCCAAGCCCCAUGCCUUCCGGCCACUUAUCCCGAGAUGCCUCCAAGUCUGGUGCUCGAAGUGCAUCCUCCGCCGCCCGCCGAAACAACACCGCACCAAACUCGGCCAGUUUCCUCGAUACCACAUGGUCGCAAGGCUGGGCUUCUAUUCAGGGGCUUGCUUCUUCCAUCUUGUCUGGUGGAAGUGUCCACGAUGCGGGCUACGAGUCAGAUCACCGGGAAGGGAGACGGACGAACAUCAAUCCGUUGAAAAGAGAUUACUCUACCCCGCCACGAAAGGCUCCCAAAGACUGGGGUCCCGCGCCGCCGCCCAGUAAUCGGCCUGCUCAGAGAGACAUUGCGGCAGGCUCUCUCGCAGAAAGAGAUGCUGCCCUCAAGGCAGCCCGGACAGCGAGCGUUUUGGAAAGUCACGACGGAGUUAAUGGAGGCCUCGAUGUGUCGGGCAAGUAUAAGAAGAGGAACUCGGACGAAAUCGCCAGGGACGCACCACAGGAAGAAGAGGUCCAAGAUCAACUCGUGUAUAUACACCAUGUGCAACCAACUGACACCUAUGCCGGCAUAGUGCUCAAGUACAGGUGCCGCGAAGACGCAUUCAGAAAGGCAAACGGCCUGUGGUCUAGAGACAUACUGGUGCGCAAGUGGCUUGCCAUACCAGUAGAUGCAUGCGAAGUCAAAGGUCGCCCCUGCGAGCCGCCUUCGCACGAGGGGCAAAAUGUCGACUUGCUCGCUCCAACACCGGAACUUCGAAGCGCUCAUGGAUGGGGUAAGCAGACCUCGGCACAACCGCAACAAGUCGACUUCUUCAGUCUGCCGGCUCAAAACGGCUCAGCGUCUCGACUCUCCAACAACGAAGACCAGGAGGAGCCUCCUUGGUCUCACGUUCGAUGGGUUACACUGGAUUCUGUUCCCAAACCAGUUGAGAUCGCCCGCGUGUCGAGCAAAACAAUUGGGUACUUCCCUCCACGACGGAAGAAGAGCAUCCGAAGCACCUCAAGCAUAUCGACGCCGAGACACUCUCUCGAUGCCGCGGCAAUUACAGCUGGCCUCACAGAAAGUCCCGAGCAAGUCGGCAGGCCAUCAUCGCGGCGCCAGAGCAACUUGAGUAGUCGGCCAAACCUCCCCGGCACUCCAGGGCGAUCAACUCCGGCAUCGUCGAGAAGCAGGAUGGGCAGUGAUGCGGGCGAUACGCGGCCAGCAUGGAUGAGGAGGCCCGGAGGUGUGGGCUCUAUGGGGCGAAGUGUACGAGCACCUGGUCCGGAGAAAGAUUAUCUCAACUCCUGGGCGAAGAAGCACCUCCCUGGAAUCGCCAUCGACGAGUCUCUGCCAUCGAUAUCCGUCAUGGGGUCAGAGACUGCAAACUUUGGAUUUCGGCCGGGUUCCAGCAGUGGCAUUGUGGAGAGUCCGUUUGACGAGGGACAGGAUCUGUCAGCGACGUCCCGACAAGGCUCUGGCUUAGACCGCGCAGCAGCAUCAGUGGAGACGUGGCUUCGAGGCGCUUUUGCAAAGUCUCCGGGCACGCCUACCUUGGGGUCCCGAAGCCGUCAAGUAGAUGAUCUAGAUCUCAUCGAGUUGACUGAUACAAACAGCGACGAUGGAAGGUUGCCCAUGCCAGCAAGCAGCGGAGUGACCAGCACAGGCUUGCUCGACGCUGCGCCAAUGACGGUUGGAUCUAGUGCGAGGAGCGAUGGAGAGGGAGCUGUCUUGAGACGAGGCUUGAGCAACACCGGAGCAGCAGCAAAGGGCAAGAAGUCGGACUGA